GGUUAUUUACAGAGUACUAAGUGAAACAGUCAGCAGACAGGGUUGCUCCUCUAAAGGUCUGGCGGGGCCCCAAAAACGCGUCUCCAACGGCAUCAACGCGUGCGCCUCUUCUCCCAGUAGUCUCGCAUUGCCGAUGCCCCAUAUGCCACCACCAUGCCCAGAGAAAUAAUUACCAUUCAGGCCGGCCAGUGCGGCAACAGCAUCGGCAGCCAGUUCUGGCAGCAGCUUUGUCAGGAGCACGGCAUCAGCCAAGACGGGAAUCUCGAGGACUUUGCUACAGAAGGCGGCGACCGCAAAGAUGUUUUUUACUACCAGAGCGACGACACACGAUACAUCCCAAGAGCCAUCCUGAUCGAUCUCGAACCACGAGUCAUUCAUGGCAUCCAGACAGGGCCUUACCGAAACAUAUACAACCCUGAGAACUUCUAUGUGGGCAAGAGCGGCGUGGGAGCCGGCAACAACUGGGGCGACGGGUAUCAGACGGGAGAGUCGGUGCAUGAAGAAAUAAUGGAGAUGAUCGACCGAGAGGCAGAUGGUAGUGACUCGCUCGAGGGCUUCAUGAUGCUGCACUCCAUUGCAGGCGGGACGGGGUCUGGGUUGGGGUCGUUUCUUCUGGAGCGGUUGAACGACCGGUUUCCCAAGAAAAUCAUACAGACAUACUCAGUCUUUCCAGACACGACCAACUCGGGCGACGUUGUUGUCCACCCCUACAACAGCAUGUUGACCAUGAGGAGGCUCACGCAAAACGCCGAUUCGGUUGUUGUUCUCGACAACGGAGCCCUCGCGCACAUCGCCGCCGACAGGCUACACCUCCAAGAGCCGUCGUUUCAACAGACCAACCAGCUCGUGUCGACCGUUAUGUCGGCCAGCACCACCACGCUCCGAUACCCGGGCUACAUGCAUAACGACCUGGUCAGCAUCCUGGCGUCGCUCAUUCCCACGCCGCGAUGCCACUUUCUCAUGACCGCCUACACGCCCUUCACGGGCGACCAGGUCGAGCAGGCCAAGACAGUCCGCAAGACGACCGUGCUCGACGUCAUGCGGCGGCUGCUGCAGCCCAAGAACCGCAUGGUGUCGACCGUCCCGGGCAAGAAGAGCUGCUACAUCUCCAUCCUCAACGUCAUCCAGGGCGAGGUAGAUCCGACUGACGUGCACAAGAGCCUGCUGCGCAUUCGGGAGCGUCGCCUCGCCACCUUCAUCCCAUGGGGCCCCGCCAGCAUCCAGGUGGCGCUGACCAAGCGCAGCCCGUACAUUCCCAUGGCCCACCGCGUGAGCGGGCUCAUGUUGGCAAACCACACCAGCAUUGCCACGCUCUUCAAGAGGAUAUUCAGGCAGUACGAGGGCAUGCGGAAGCGGAAUGCUUUCCUGGAGGGGUACAAGAAAACGACACCCUUCUCUGACAACCUCAGUGAGUUUGACGAGGCGAGAGAGGUGGUGGCGGAUCUCAUCGCCGAGUAUGAGGCGGCUGAAGACGCGAACUACCUGAACCCAGACAUGGGCGAGCAGGCGACAUCCGCUGAAACGGACAAGAGGCUGGGUUAAGGCGGUGUUGUGGGUACAGCUUGAGGAUAUAGCGUACUGGGCUACUGGUGUUGGGGACUCCGCUCUGGGAAAUUUGCGACAGGCGCUGGAAUGAGUGUUAUGAUAACGGCGUUUAGGAGCACAACCAUGCCGGCAAUGGCGGGCUCUCCUGCAUUGACCAUCAUUUUACGGAGAGAUCAUGAUUCCUACCCUUAAAAACAACAUGGCUUCAGACGACCAUUCAUGGUCCACGUUGAGAGUUGGUGUUAAGGCAGGCGAAGCUUGGCUU